CGGUAAAGAGAAUGAAUGUGUAUGUGGACCACAGCGCUGUCACACAGUCACAAGAAGACCCGAGCUGAAAAAACACCAAGGACUCCUUUAAAACCAGACGAACGGAGCGAAGGACAUUAUUCCGUUUCAGUGUGCUGAGCACUCCUGCCAACCCUGACCAGAUGAAGUGUGGAGUUGCCAACCGCUUCCCAGCUUUCUCCCUCAGCUUCAGCCGUCCCAGGCGUUCUAUCUCCAGGGGUUCGCCCCCAAACAUUGAGCUCGUCACCAUGUCUAAGACACUGUCACUGGGCACCAAUGUCUUCCCUGAGUACCAGCUCCAAAAUCCGGAUGUCCAUAGAUGGAUUAUGAUGCACUACAGUCCCUUUAAAGCAGCAUGGGAUUGGGUCAUCCUGCUCCUAGUGCUCUACACUGCAAUCUUCACCCCGUACUCCGCUGCGUUCCUGCUUAACGACCUGACGGAGGAUCAGCGGCAUGUGUGCAGUUACAUCUGCAACCCGCUUAACAUCGUCGACGCCAUCGUAGACGUUUUGUUCAUGGUGGACAUCGUGAUCAGCUUUCGCACCACUUACGUCGAUACUAACGACGAAGUGGUGACGCAUCCUAAACACAUUGCCAUCCACUACAUUAAAGGCUGGUUUCUUAUUGACAUAGUGGCUGCCCUGCCUUUUGACCUGCUCAUCUUUAAAUCUGGGUCAGAUGAGACGACAAGUACUCUGAUUGGCCUCCUGAAGACUGCACGACUGCUCCGAUUGGUUCGUGUGGCCAGGAAGUUAGACCGGUACUCAGAGUACGGAGCUGCAGUCCUAUUAUUGCUCAUGUGUACGUUCGUGCUCAUCGCUCAUUGGUUGGCGUGUAUCUGGUAUGCCAUCGGCCACGUCGAGAGACCCUACAUGAAAACUGGCUGGUUGGAUAACCUGGCUGAUCAACUUGGGAAGUAUUAUAACGACAGUGACGCCACCUCUGGACCUUCCAUAAAAGAUAUGUAUGUCACUGCACUGUACUUUACCUUUAGCAGCCUGACCAGUGUGGGUUUCGGGAAUGUCUCACCCAACACCAACUCGGAAAAGAUCUUCUCCAUCUGUGUCAUGCUUAUUGGCUCCCUUAUGUAUGCCAGCAUAUUUGGGAACGUCUCGGCAAUCAUACAGCGUCUUUAUUCUGGAACCACGCGCUACCACACGCAGUUGCUGAGGGUCAAAGAGUUCAUCCGUUUCCACCAAAUACCUCAAAGCCUGAGGCAAAGGCUGGAGGAGUAUUUCCAGCAUGCUUGGUCCUACACCAACGGCAUCGAUAUGAAUGCAGUUUUGAAAGGCUUUCCUGAAUGCCUACAGGCUGAUAUCUGUCUGCACUUAAACCGCAACCUGCUGCAGAACUGCAAGGCCUUCAAAGGAGCCAGUAAAGCCUGUCUCCGAGCUCUUGCCAUGCGUUUAAAAACCACCCACUCACCACCAGGGGACACUCUCUACCAUCAUGGUGAUAUUCUCCAGACCCUGUACUUCAUCUCCCAUGGCUCGAUUCAGGUGUCCUGCAAUGACAUUGUGCUCGCAAUACUAGGAAAGAACAAUAUCUUUGGCGAACCCAUUCACUUGUACACCGAACCUGGCCACUGCAAUGCAGAUGUGAGGACACUCACAUAUUCAGAUCUCCAUCAAAUCCAGAGAGAGGAUCUCUUGGAGGUCCUGGAUAUGUACCCAGCCUUUGCAGAAAGCUUCUGGAGAAAUCUGGAGAUCACCUUCAACCUCAGAGAAGUAGAUCAGGUCCUUCACACCUUACACAGUGAGGAUAAUGGGUGCCAUUACCAUAUCAAUCACCCACGAUGUCACAAAAACUCACCCGAGAGACGCAACAGGCCAGAUGGAAAGGAUCAUGAUGAUUCCUGUUCAGUUCAAACAUGUACAAGUGUGGGUCAUCAAUGCUUUGCUGGCCCUCACACUCACUGGGAUGAAUUGUGUUGCUGUGACUCAUCCAGAACCCAGUCUAAUGAGAACAUCAACAAACCACCUUUUUCGCAUAGCCGGGUAUACACUCCUGAAGGAGACCCCCAGGAUUACCCUCCAUCUGCACUACGGGUGAUUCCACCCAACAGCAAAUCUGGGAUGGGCAUAGAGUCUGGCAUGGAUAGAGGAGCUCAUAUUUCUGGAUUGUACCAUUACUGGUCAGAUCUUUGGCCCACUCAGUAUGCAGGCCGUCCUUACCGGUCCUGUUCAGUGCAAGCAUCUUAUCAUCCACCUCCAUUAGCAGAAGACUGUCCCAGUGAGCUUGAGUCAAGACUUGAGUUACUGCAAAGUCAACUUAACAGACUGGAGGCAAGAAUGACUGCAGACAUUAACAUCAUUCUCCAGCUCCUUCAGAGACAGACUACCCCUGUACCCCCAGCAUACAGCUCAGUGUCACCUGUUAGCCACUGCCCAGACCCUUUGAUCCUUUACGGAACUAGUGCUCCAGUGCUCUACAACCUGUACCCCAUGCAAGUGGAAAGCAGAACUACUAUGAUCCAGAGCACGGCCAGGCCUGAGUUCACACCAACGUCUAUGGGUUCCCAUCUAAGCGCCGUCCAUACAACGGCGACGGACAGGAAUGAAGAAAGCACCAAACGUGUAGGCUCAAAGACACCGGUUGCGACAGCUACGACAUGGCUUCAUGCUUCUCCGAGGUUCUCCUCUCUGCCGGGGAAUUUAGAUUCUUCGUUAGGCCCGGCUAAAAUCUAUAAACACGGCUCGGAUCCUGGCUUAGCCAUCAAUCGGAGACUAUGAUGGAAAUAAGUGUCUGAAAAUAUGCCUCAACAGAGAAUUCUGGAAAGGUGAAUGCUCCUGGCUUUGAUCGAAUUGCUGGAGGAAAAGUGAAACUUUAGGUUUCAUCAGAAUGGAAGGAAAAGCAAAAGAAGGAAUGGGUACCAGGCGGAGGAAAAUAGGAAACACUAAUUAUUCAGUACAGAAUUGGCAGUAAGCUUGCGUCUGGUCAGAAAGUGCAAAGUAACCCAGCACUGAUAUCACACAGGAUCGAUGUACGGCAGGUUUGGAACAAUGUGACGUCUGAGCAGGAGGAGCCGAGAGCCUGACUGAUGACCUUCUGACGUGAAAUCAUGAAACCGCAGCUGUGGGUUAUCUAUGCUAAUUAAAUUAACUAGCUAGAUCAUAUACUGAGUUGUAUUACUGAAGCCAAAUGUAUUCUUUUGUCAUUUAUUUACUUUUUAUUUCUAUUUCUCUUCGGUCUUUUAGUUUUUUUAUUUUAUUAGAUUAUGUAACUGGAGCAGCUUUGUGAAGAUUGACUUUGAAUUUCAGCCUCUUUUUUCCCCAUUUGAUUCUUUCAUUUCUUUCCUUUUUUGUACUUUCACUCCAUCCUAUCAUUUUGCCCGUUUUUUCUUUUCAUUUACUUCUUUCUUUUAUUCCUUUCCUCCUUCAAUUCUUUAGUUUUACUCUCUUCUGUCUUCCGUUUUAUCUUUCUUUUUUUGUUCUCAAUCUUUGCAUUUCUUUUUCCCCUUUUUUUGUCACAUCUUCCUCCCUUCCUUUAUUCUUUCUUUCAUUUGACAAUUUUCUGUUUUUUAUCUUCUUUCGUUCAAAUUUUCCUUGUUUCAUUCCUUUCUUUCAUUCUUGCUUUCUUUCAGUCCUCCAACUCAUUCCUCCUUUCUUCCUUGGUUUUCCUUCUUUUCACUCUCACCCUACCCCUUAUAUUUCCUCUUUCUUUCCGGAUUCCACUUUGUUCCGAUUCUUUCAUUCUGUUGAUGCUCCUCGUCCACGUCUGGUCCGCGUAGGCGUUUAUUCGUUAACAGAAAUAAAAUUCGUUAUCUUAAGAAAAUAAAAACAGGUCCCACUCACCUGAACCUACAGUGUCUGCAUCAUAUACAAAUAUAUUUUCUUUUUUUUUUUUCACCAGUUGAUACAAUUUUUGAUUAUUUUUACAAAAAAAAAAAAUCACAAACACAGUUUUUCUCAAUAACCAAAAUAAAACACAGCAGGGCCUGAACACACAAAGACACAAGCUGAGACACAACAUUCUCAAUCUCUCUCUCACACACACACACACACACACACACACACACAGCUGGCAGUUUUCAGAUGUCGAGUGCAACAAAUCCAAAAGUACAGUAAAAUACACAACAUUAAAAACUGAAUAAAAAAAAAAAAA